UACAAAAACGACGACAAUAUUCUGAGCACGAUUGAAUAAGUCGAAUUCACGCAAUUUACGUGAAUUCGGCAUCCCGGACAUAACUCGGCCGCAAGGGACAAGAAGAAACGAGGCGUUUACCCACUUUUGCAAAUUCCCUGGCCUGCCAGGCGCUGCCUCGUGUCUGCCUCGCCUUUUCCGGAGGUCAUUGACCGGACAUCUAAUCUAUAAAAACCCACCCUUUUGUUUAUUUAAUUCUCCCAUCCUCAAGCCUUGUAUUCUUACAACCCCACCUUUUCUCCUACCUAUCCCGCCCACCGUCGCCGACGCCCAUCAUGGCCAUCUACGAGGAAUACGCAUCGCUCCCUGUUGCCAGCGAUAUUACUCCUGGUGAUAUCGUCGCUGUUAACCACGACCGGUACGGUCGUCAAGAGGGCCUCGUUGUUGGCUCUCGUGUCGACUUCGCUGGCCGACAAAUCCUCGAAGUCCAACUCGAAGCCUCGAACGAAAUCUACCAAGCAUGGUACCCCACUGUCACCCGCGUCAGGCGAACAGUCUCCUACACCCGACCUGUCGUCGCAAAACAGCGCACCGUUGAGCGCCGAAUCUAUUGGUGAUCGUAUUUCACCCGGCCUUAUUUCUCUCCUUGGUUUGGGCUGUCGAAUUUUGUAUUAUCUAAGUAUAAGUAUAUACUCUGCGGCCAAGUCGACGUGGUCAUGGUGCUCUUGCUUCUUGCUUUCGGUCAUGGGGGCGAUGUUCAAUACGGUACAUAGCUCGCGGUGGCUACUGGUGGACGCGAUGCCGGGCAUGGCGGAGGUUGCUUGUUUCAUUCAACUGAUGAAUCUACGAUGAUUACUAGAGGUCUUUUGACGGGACACACGUACUUUGAUGAUCGUGA